AUGGACGAUUCAGACACCUCGACUUCUAUUAACUCGUUGGCGUCAGAUCUGGCGCCUGGGAAGAACAACAUGCAAUGGAGGGGCGCUCCACAUAAGAGUGUGGACGAGGUGAUCGAUUUCUUCCAGAAACCCGUGCAACCAUUCUCCCACGAGGAAAAAAACGAGUCGCAGCCUGAGCCGGAGCCCUCGAUCUCGCUCAAUUUUAUCCAGCUGUUCAACGACGUGCUCCUUCUGGUUACCAGGCUGAUCGACGUGCUCGUUCCGCACAGCAGCACGAAUACCCUCAAUUUUCUUGAACAAGUUAGGAAUAACGUUUCCGGGUGGUGGAAACAAGUGCUUAUAUUCUACAGGUCGAACUCGUACUUGGUUAACAUCUCGGUGACUAUUUUUGUGCUCAGUAUCAUCCCCCCUGUUCUGAUAUUCAUUCUGCUAAUGGCCGUGUACACCUCAUUCAUUGGCUUCUUAUUCACGACCGGCUUCACCAUUCUUGCAGUUGCUGCAGGAAUCAGUUUCCUGCCCGUUUUUCUCAUCAGCUUAUCCGUCAUUGUGUCUGUAACUGCGGCUAUCAGCCUGACAUAUAUGGCAGUCAGUGCUACCAUUAAUCUGUUCUCCAGUACGCUGCCAACGCGAGAAUGGUUGAGCAUCAUAGCCGACGCCCUCCCUCCAUCCGUUGGUAUUGCAGAGAAGAAAAACUGA